AUGCCAGAUGACGUGGAAGAGGACUUGGCUCAAGAUGAAGCAUUCCACACCCUGUAUGCUACAAAGGCAGCAAAGGUUGUUGUCAUCGACAAGAAGCCCACACCAGAAGCAUCACCACCCGUUAGCAUGCAACAUCAUCUGAGCAUCCCCAUGCCAACAUUUGACGGGCAAUAUGAACAUUGGCCAAAGUUCAAGGCCUUGUUCUUGGACAUCAUGGCUCGAACCAAUGAGUCUGAUGCCGUCAAACUUCAUCAUCUGAACAAGGCUCUACAAGAAAAGGCAGCUGGUAUCCUGAACGCUUCACUCUUGAACGGCAACAACUUCCAAAGCGCGUGGGACGUUUUGGUGAAGCGUUUCGAAAACUCUCGGCUGAUCGGCGAGAAGCACAUCGCUGGACUACUGCAGCAGAAGCAUGUUCCCAAACAGUCCGCCAAGGAACUACGGACGUUAGCGGAAACCUGCAAGAGCCAUGUGGACGGAUUGGUUUUCAUGAAGCAAUCCAUUGACAGCACCAGCAACCUGAUCAUCACUCACCUUCUAACAUCAUGCUUGGGCGCCGAAACCAGGAAAACAUGGGAAAGUUCGCUGGAAAACGGAAAGUUUCCUGAUCUCUAG